AUGAAUGCUUUGAACAUUUUGAUUGUAAUUUAUAUUUCGAUAUCUCAUUAUGGGACGGUUUUAGCUUGGGAUAAUAUUGACUUAGAGUUGUUUGAUUUGGUUGAGGAUGUAAGGACCAAUUUUUAUGAAGUUUUAGGAGUACCACAGGUCAGUGAAGUUAAUUAAUUGACUAUAUUAAUGUCACAAUAAAGCUUUAUUCUCGACUUUUAAUAACGUAAUACGUGUUGAUCAAGUGAAUACUUUUGAUCGCCUUUUUGGAUCUUUGUUUGUUUUUAACUUAUCACCAUAAAACAAGUAUAUUAAACUGAACAGCAUGAUGAAUUGAUGAAUUAUAUCAACUGAUCAUUUAUUCAUUCAGUCAACUUGCAUUUAUAUUUUUACGGUAUACUGUAUUUUACUAUGUGUUUUAUUGGUUGGAAAUUUCAAGAGAAAUGUAUACGUAUUUUUAAAAGAUAUAUAAGAUGGAAUCAAACCUGCUCAUUAUUUCGUGCGGUGACCUAUAUUGAAAUUUUGCACACUGUAUUGUAUGGUACUACAAUUAAACGUCUUUCAAUAUACCAAAACAGCAGGCAAAGAAACAUUUUACGGUAUCAGGCAAUAAAGAGUGAAUAAACUUGCUGUUUUAAAACUGAAAUACAUUUUUAUUCUUUCGACGCAAGAAAGAAAAUAUGAAACGAAAAUGUUCAACAAAAAUUUUGCCAAGAAAAUUCGAACCUGCCGUUCCCGGAAACGUGAAGGUUAAACUCCCUAUUGUAACCGUGUGGUUUGUGAAUGAUGUAAUCUUAUGUAAAAAUUGCGGAAGAGGCAGGGUCUUAGCUAGAGGGCCGUGUUGGCCGUGUUAUCGCGGCCAAAAAGGGAAAAACACGGCUAGAUAAAAUGAACGUGGUUUCAUUAUUUUUAUAAGGCCGUGUUUAGGUUCAUAAAAUAACAGACAGAAUUUCUUCCUAUUUACUGUACGUCGUAAGAAAGUUUAUAAAAUCUACGUUUGUAAAAUCUAUGUUUUAAUGUUUUGAUGGAUAAUGGGAACUGUAUGGUGUUAAAAUGGUUUUAAAUGCCCCCAAGAGUUGCUGAAAUAACUUGCAAAGCAUAGAACAACCACAGGUAUUGUCUGUUGUUGGCGAGCAUAACUAGAACCGUGAAUUUGGCUAUUUGAGGUAAUUGACAUGUGCACACCCUGGUCAUUUAGAAACACGCCCAAGAUCUAAAAUCCUAGCUAAGACCCUGGGAAGAGGCCAUGCAUUGAUGAAAGAGGCCAUGCAUCGACCAAAGAGGCCAUGCAUUGAUGUACUCGUAUUUGAGCGUAUUUUUUCUGCGGCUUUUUCACUCUUCCAGCUCAAGGUUGUGUAAAUUUUAGAUUUUAGUUCGAAAAAUGUGCUAUCUAUUUGUAAUAUUUGUUAUUCUUCAAUCAUCCCAUUUCAUUUUUUGCUGAUUUGAUCGAAAAUUUUAUCCAAACAUGCAUGCCAUCUAAGCAUGGUGGACACCAGACACAAAAUAUACAAUAGAGGUAGCUUUAUAACAUUAUAACAUAAACAUCUCGUUUUAUUUGGAAAAAAAACCCAGCUCAAAUAACCCUGUUUCUCGGAAUUCCAAAAACUAUUAAGUGAGUGAAAAUGAUUUUUUGUUGCUUUUUCUUUUCGGUGGGGGAAAGAUUCAGUUUAAAAAGUCAAUUACAAAAUUGAGUUUUGACCUCUGUUUACCGGAGGUCAGUUGGUGCUUGGAUAAAGCCCUGAUUGGGGGUCACCGUGCCUCUUUUCCAACUACAUGAAGCAAUAGGCUAUUUUGGAGUGAAUUUCGUACACAUGUGUUGCCAUAGUAACGAUCUAUGUGUCACCAAAACUGACAUAAAUUGAAAGAAAAAACAUGAAAAUAGAUGAAUAUCCUGAUAUCUGUCGCAUAAAACCUAAAAAUACGACAUUUAAAACUGUCAAACUAUUGUACACCUGAAGUUUUGAAAUACCUGGGUUUCCUAUUUCUUGUUGUAAAUUUUUUUUUAUUAUUGCUCAUGCAUGGAAAUGAUGCUACCGCAUGUAAAAUUGUAAGACUAUGUGAAAUUGUGACAGAGAUUGUCGACUUUACUUCUGAAACUGUCGUUCAAUGUUCAUGGCAUCAGAAAAGGUAUUUAACGACUUUAAUACUGGAAGUAGAGAUGCCUCACUUAGCAAAAUUACAGUUGGUAACGCAGGUAGAAAUACUCGAAGGAACUUUUCACAGCAAACAGUAAGUUAAUUUUUGUUAUUUCAAUCGAGUUAUGUUUAGGCCUAUAAUUUGUGAAUCUGUCAUUUUUAUAUAAUAUAAAAACAUUGUCAUUGCUAUUCAUGUCUGCUCUAGUCUGGACUCUGCUUCUGGUCAAAGAGAUUUUGAUCAUGCUUCAUAUAAAGCUCUAUAGUGAGUUUAAAAUACUGUUUAUAAUCAAACGUGCUUGCACACAAGCCCAUUGCUGUUAUAUUAUACUACAACUGCCCUAUCCACUAGUUGCAGGUACUGUAUAUUUUAUAUUACUAUUGUCUUUAAUGGUCACUGGCAUCGCACUGACUGCAAAUUAAUGGGUGCUAUUAUUGAGAUCUAUUGCCGAUUCAAGGAUUGUCUCCCACCACAAUUUCACACACAGUGCAAUGGAAGUUCAGUCUGUUUAAAUACGCACAGUUGAAUAUUAAUCUUCUAGAUGGAAAUAAUUGAGUGAAAAUGUAUUUACAUUCAUUAGACCUAACCAGGAACAGCUGCGAAAAAUGCAACUGUAGGUGCAGUUUAUUUAUGGAUAUCCAGUCCAGAUGUAAAUAAUAUCUGAUCUAAGAUCAGCAGGGACAUAGCAACAGGGGGUGUAAACCCCACAGCCAUAAAAUGGGCUGAGGUACGAUCAUAUCGACAAGUUUCAACCUUUCUUUUCAGCAUUUAAUAACAGCAGUGUCAAUUGAGUAGCAUGUUCAUACUUUUAUAGCUAGAGUUAAAUGUUGUUUAAAUUUAUACCUGCAUCAUUUACAAUAUUUCAUUUUUGUGAUCUGCCAGUAAAUACACUGUAUUUGGUUCUUAAUUUUAAACAAUUUGCAGAUAAAAGCCCAAUUCAAAAUCACAGUGAUGCAUGACAUCUACAGUACUUCAAACAACUAAGUGAACACAUAUUCUGGACAAUUUGCUGAUAAUAUGGUGACUGGUGAUAAUAUUGGAUAAUAUAGGAAGAUCAGAAUAUGCAAGUAUCAUGAGGGCAAUACAAACUAUCAGACAAAAGUUUUAGUGGUGAUGACAUAAUUGAUUGGAUGAGUUCAUUAUAAAUUCCGAUGCUUUUAGAUCUUACAAAUUACAAUAAAUAAAAACUGUUUAGAAAUCUAGCAUUAAAUAUUAUAUCAAUGAAGAACUUUGAAUUUAACCCAUUGAGCCGCAAUGCGCCCCAUUGCGCCCUACUUUUUUUUACUUGUCUAAUGCCAGACGAUUUUACUUGUCAGUGGGGAAGCUCUGCAGCUUAAUGGGUUAAAGGUUUUAUGAAAUUUGCGAUGCCAACAAUUCAAGAAAAGCUAAUAACUUGUAAACCAGACACCAGAAUAUAUUUGUAACAAGAAACCCAUGUAAUGAAAUCUUAGUGAAUUACAUAUUAGUGAAAUUUUGAAAAACAAUAAAAGUGACAUCAUUAGUUGCUGUAUAUAUGCUUAUUAUUAAAGCAAAACAUUUAUUGUUGGCUGCACCAUUGCUACCAACCAUUAUUUUUAAAUCGAGUGAUUGUAGCCAUUUCUUGGCAUUGUAAAAAAAUACUGCAUCUGUUUUAUUUUGACCAUUCAUCUAUUGUAAUUAUUAAUUUUGUAUCACAAUGAAUGUUUGUGAUGAAUGUUCAUGACAAUGUGAACUCCAGCUGUAUUCGACAGGCUGAAUAGUGAAUAGGCUAGCCACAUGUACGCAGUGCGUACCUAUUUUUGAGUAUCAUGGCAGGAGGACUUGUUGCACUUCUCAAAGCUUUAAUUCUCUCUUAAAAAUCGAGUAUACUGUAUCUUGUAUUUUUAUUAUGGUCGCAGAAAAAUUAUUCUAUAUCAACGUAAUGGGAAAGUUUUCCCAUAUUAAGUGUUGUUUGCAAAAGUGUUGAAACUGCGGAUUGAGAAGGAUUCAGCCACCUGAAAAAUAUAUAUAUCCCCCUUAUUUAUGGCCCUGCUGCCAUCUGACGUACGACCCUGUUGCAUCAUUUUUACACCAAUAAGGCAAUUUUUCUUAAUAAAUGGAACGAAACCAACAGAAUUUCAAGGGCAAAGGUAAAAAUACUGUGCAUCACCAAAGGCAGUCUGCCUCCUUUCAAGAUAAGUCCUUCCAUGUCUUGGUUUAUUAUUAUGAAUAUUAUCUUCAACAUUUUUUUAACUAUACACAAAUCAUAGACAAUGAAGGAUAGAAUGAAUGGGAGAAGAACCCAUGUAUUCUUGGGAGAAGAAUCUAUGUAUUCUGACACUCCAGGACAACAUUGUACAAUUACAAUAUUACAUCGAAGAAUUUUGGCUCUUUCAUCUAUUUGGCUCUAUUAAGGGCUAUUGCACUAUAAUUACGGACCAUUUAAUCCCUGGGUAAAUUACUAGUGAUUGACCGAUUGUGCAAGUGCAACAAUUGGAAAUUACCGAUUACCGAUUAUUCAUGUCACAAUCUACCAGAUACCGAUACUGAUUUUACAAUGACGUCAUAAUAUUAGUCUACCGAAUAAAGGUACGUGACAUCAUUCAUGUCGAUUUUUUAACGAUAUCUAAUUUCCAAUGUAACAACAUCGUUACUGCAACCAAAGAUCAUUAAAACUGUUAAUAAAUGGCAUGCUUCACACAUUAAUUUAACAUAUUGCAUUAAAAUGUGUAAUCGUGUGUCAAUGUGCAAUGCAUAUAGUUUUUAAAGUGCACAUUUUCUCAAUAAUCGGUUUUAGACAAUUGGAAAUAUAAAUAAUUCUACCGAUUCCGAUUGUCUACUGAUAAGGCAAAAAUCGUGCCGAUGCUGAUACCGAUACCGAUUAUCGGUCAAUCACUAUAAAUUACCCCUUUGUCCUUCACUUCGUUUGAGAGGCGCUGUGUAAUACUUCAGGCUUAAAUACACUUUUUUUAUACUUUUCAUAUAGGACGCAAGUGCUGCAGAGAUACGGCGGGCAUAUCGCAAGUUAUCACUCCAUUUACAUCCUGAUAGAAGCGAUGACCCUACUUCUGAGGAAAAAUUUCGCCAG